AUGUCGAUCACAAAUUCGGCUCCUCGUUCUGGGUUCAUUUCCAUCUGCGUUGUUGCUUUCGGAUUUAUUUAUUAUUCUGUUUGGUUGCUCAUAACACCAUUUAUUGACAAGGAUAAGCGAUGGUUUUUGCAAUUCUUUCCUCCAAGAGAAUAUGCCAUCAUCUUUAUGGCUGUUAUCGGAUUAACAAUGUUGCUAGGAUUGACGUCAAUUUUAGGAUGCUUAAUGAUUAAAAGAUCCAUGGUGAUGAAAAAACGAACUUCUUGA